AGAGAGAUCAGAGAGUACAGCCACAGAAAACGAAAAAGAAGCAGAGGAAGGAGACCAGAGCGACGGACUCGAACGCAGUGACGAGGGACCACAACACGUUGUCGACGAUCGAGAAAUCCAGGUCCGGCAACCAUUCCCUCAGGUUCCGUGGGUCCCACCUUGGGGUGAAUCCAGAUAGACUGAGGUUCGACCAUGUGGAGGCCCGUGGGGACCAGUUGGGCGUGAUGUACGAGGCAAAGAAUCUCGGCCACCGGAACAACGACGUUGGUAGUGAGAAGCUGACGUCGAUCCACCGGAAAGCUGACGAGGACGACCACCUCCACCCUGACUCGGACAUCUCUCCACAAUUUUCUCUCUCUAAAA